GGUGCAAAGCUGAUUUUGGGUGGUGUUUGUGAGCAAAAAAACUGGGACAGAGAUUGCAACUGCAUUGAAUAAUAUGGAUGUGAGUAACGAGUAUGCAGUGAAGCUAAAACAUGAGAUUGAAGAGCAAUGCGCAGAGGUGUUCCCUGCGUCAGCAGAAAUAGAAAAGGUGAAAUCUUGCUUGUCAGAGUUGGGUAAUAUGAGCAAUACCUUCAAGCAAACCCUGAUUGCCGGCAUGGAAAAACUUGUGUUAAAUGUGACACCUCGAAUCCGUCCAGUGUUAGAUAAUGGAGUAACAACCAUUAGCUAUGAGUUGUCUGAGGCAGAAUAUGCAGAUAAUGAGGUGAAUAUCCCAUCAGUCCAGAGUCUUCUCCAUGCUAUUGAGACAAACAUGUCAUGGCUUCAGCCUCUAAUGACAUCAAACAACUACGAUUCAUUUGUGCAUUUGGUCAUUGACUUCAUUGUGAAGAGGCUCGAAGUGAUAAUGAUGCAGAAAAUGCUUAAUCAGCUUGGAGGCCUUCAGCUUGACAGAGAUACAAGGGCUCUGGUAAGCCAUUUCUCAAGCAUGACUGGGAGGACUGUUAGAGACAAGUUUGCUCGACUCACUCAAAUAGCAACCAUCCUGAACUUGGAGAAGGCAUCUGAAAUUCUAAAUUUCUGGGGUGAAAAUUCGGGACACGGGACCUAUGACCUGGAGGUUAACCCCUGCUGAGGUUAGGAGAGUGUUGGGUCUCAGGGUUGAUUUUAAACCUGAAGCAAUUGCUGCUCUCAAGUUGUAAUUCCAAAACAGUCAUCAUUUGGCCCAGGUAUUAGAUCAGGCGUUGUCAUCUUCCUACGCUUCCCUUUAGUCUUUUGCUGGCAUGCUAGGAUUAUUUUAUUGUUUGAAGAAACUUUGGUUAGUGCUCUACUAUUUCUUUAGUUUACUUGAUCUUUCAAACUUGCGGUGUAAAAAAAAAAUGCUUAGAUUAUGAGGCCAAAAGGGAAUUUUGCUUGUACAGAUUUGGAAGAAUUUUGCAGUAUAAUACUUCGUCCAUUACUGUUGUUUGGUUUUGGAAGAUGGA